UUUGGAAAAAUGUACAACACAAACCAGAGCUCUCCCUUGGAAUCUCGCAUGUGCAAAGGAACCUACAUCUCUGUAUUUCUCUCUCUCCAAUGGCGGUCAAUUCGUGCGAAGAGAGCCAAGAUGCCCAUAGCAUUUUGGUGUUAACUGAUGAAAGCAUUAGUGAUCCUCAAUGCAAAUCACAGUUGGUUACCUUAAGCCACUCAGAAGUUUCCAAUCAACUCAAUAACAGGAUGUGCUUGGAUUCUAAAUUGAAUUGCCAAACUUGUAUCGAACAAGAGAUGGUAAAUACAGUUGCUGUUUCCCCAUGCAUUGUGGAUAUUUAUGUCGAGAAGGGACAUUCAGGGAUGCCUAAAGCCAGCGAAACUGGGGAAAAGUUGAAGAUUGAGGGUUCAUUUACUCAUUUGAAGAGGGGACUGCAGAAACAGAUUAGCUUACAGAUAGGGGAGAGGUUGAUGCAACUCCUAAUGAAUGGCAGCAUUGGUUUACCCAAAUUCAUUUCUAGAGAAAAAUCUGCCACUGAAAGGGUUCAUGAAACUCCUAAUAGCAGAACAAGGAAAUACAAGCGCUCGGCUUCAUUCAAUUCAAGAAAAGUGGCUCUCCUCUUCUCGGUCUUGUCAAUCGUAGGAACCAUGGUGCUGAUAUGUUUGACACUGAGAGUGAGACAUCUAAGCGACGGUUCUGUUCACAUUUGAUAAGUUCUUCAUCUACCUGCCUCCGGUGCUUGAUCGUCCUCUUCUGAAAGAGUCUCUCGCUAAGAUUGCUGUUGUAAAGUUUGCUGAGACACUCGUAUUCAUUUUGCUUUUCCGAUUUUAAACGUUUGAGGUUCUUUUUCUUGAAUGUACAUAAGCCAAUUUAUAUCCAUAAUCCUAGUUGAUGGUCUCUA